AACGUGUGCGGGGCCGGGACCAGCUGGGAACAAUAACAGUGCCUGAGCUGAGCGCAGCAGAUCAAAGGGGCUCGGCUGAGCGCGCAAGCGGAAAGAUUCGGGGAGAAAGAAGAAGAUCCCCCCGACCUAGGCGAGACCCGAAGGGAGCGGGUCUGGGCAGCUAGGAAGUCGGCACUGACCCGGAGAGCGUGGGCGGAAGGGAGCCCUGCUGUGUGCCGUGGUGUCACUCCCACCCUUUCCUUCCAGCCGCCGAUCAGAGUCUUACCAGGGGACUUGCAGAUGGUCUGGAAAGCAGCCUCGGCACCCUCCAUUCUUGGCCCUGCUGCUGCUCUCUCUCGACUUACGGCCCUGACCGGCUGCACCUCCGCGGGACACCAUUUCCCGGGCCUCUGCUCUUGAAGAGGAUGGGGCGUGUUCCUGGUUUCCAGCCUCUGCCAUCCGGUGUCUCCCUCCACCCCAGCGUCCAGGGCGAUGGCACUGGCCCCCUGAUACGACUCUGAUUCCCGGGAGGGGGCCCAGACCGGGGGGGUUCUCUGACUUCCUGCGGUGGGGGUGGAGGCGGUGAGGGGGGCAGGAUCAGGGCUUCCCCCACCCCGCCCGCAUCCAAGUUCCUGGGCAUGUGAGUCCCGGCGCCUUGUAUCAUGUCUCUGGAGGGCCUGGAAGUGACCCAGAAUGUGGCAGACCUGGAAGCCCUCCUGAGGGGCGCAGAGGCCAUCCAUGUAAUGGAACAGCAGAUAGUCAUCAUUUCCACCCCAGACGAGCUCCCCACGCCCGAAGGAGUGCCCGACACUGAACUGCUGCUGUUCGCCACGCCACAACCCGCCAGAUUGGAGACAGCAACGCAGAGGCCUGCUCUGGAACGUCCGCCGGUAAAGCGGAAGCUGAACUUGGAGACUGACCACCAAUACAUUGCUGAGAGUGUCCAAGCAACUCGAGGAAGAGCGAAGAACCCCAUCAAAGGGGUGAAAUCUCCUGGAGAGAAAUCCCGCUAUGAAACCUCUCUGAAUCUGACCACCAAACGCUUCUUAGAGCUGCUGAGCCAGUCACCUGACGGAGUUGUAGAUCUCAACUGGGCUGCAGAGGUGCUGAAAGUGCAAAAGCGGCGGAUCUAUGACAUUACAAACGUCCUAGAGGGCAUUGAGCUGAUCACCAAGAAGUCUAAGAACCAUAUCCAGUGGCUGGGCAGCCGGUGUGCUGUAGGGAGCGCCAGCAAGAGCCAGGGGUUGGUGAAGGAGCUCCAGGAUCUUCAGGCAGCAGAACAGCAACUGGACAGCCUUAUCCAGAUGUGCACUACCCAGUUCAAGCUCCUCACUGAGGAUCCUGAGAAUAAGCACUCAGCUUAUGUGACUUGCCAAGAUCUGCGGAGCAUAGCAGACCCCUCCGAGCAGCUGGUGAUGGUGAUCAAAGCCCCCCAGGAGACACAGAUGCAAGUCUCUGACCCAGCAGAGGCAUUCCAGAUUGCUGUGAAAAGUACUCAGGGCCCUAUUGAUGUCUUCCUGUGCCCUGAAGAGAGCGCUGAAGAUUGUAGCCCCACCAAGAGUCCAUUGAAAAUGGCAGCUGAGGAGCCUUCUCCAGAGACUUCACAGGCAGCACCUUCUGUGCUACUGCACCCUUCCCAGGACCUGAACUUGCCAUUGCUGAGUGGAGGCCAAGAGCCUCUGUUACCUGGGGACAAUACGAUGCCUCUGAAGUGCCCCCCAGAUGACGUGAGCCUCUCCCCUCUGGCCUCUGUGGACGCCCUGCUGGAGCAGGGCAAGGACGAUUUCUCCAGCUUUCUGCCUGCUGAAUUCAUUGCACUUUCGCCACCCCAAACCCAGGACUACCAUUUUGGGCUUGAGGAGGGCGAAGGCAUCAGCGAACUCUUUGACUGUGACUUUGGAGACUUUACUUCCUUGGAUUUCUGAGCAUCCUCAGGGGAGGGGCGCUCGGCUGACUGCCCCACUGCGGGGCACCCUCUCAGAGCUGACGUCUGAAUGUAACCACAAGGCCAGCUGUGGCCUCUUUGGCCAGCAUGCUGUGGAGCAAACUCCAGGGGAGGAAAGAGGAAGCGGAGACUGGGGUGACAGUGUGGGGCGGUGUAGGAUUCAGUCCCUGGAAAAGGCCGCCUAUACGUAGCUGUCUUGUGAUUGGGGGAGGCAAAUGUGGCACCGUGAAGCUGGCUGCUGCUGUGAAUGUUGCAGGCCUCUUUCUGUGGCCUUAUGGGGUCGCCAUACACCACCUUGAGCCUGUUGUGCCCAUAGCGGUAGUGCUGGCUAGACGCCAGCGGGUGGAGUCAACCUUGAUUCCACGGUGCCAUGUUUUGACCCUGUAGGGAUGGUCCCAGUGAAGCUGUUGCCCUAACUUAUUCUUGCUAAACCACUCCUUUCCCUGAAUUCUUACCUUAAAACCUGUUUGGCUGUGGGCAGGCCCUCCUCAAUUAGCUGCUUUACCCCUUGUGGCUGUGAAUAAUUUCCCCUCUUGUCUUAAAACCCCUGACAGUCGGAAGCCUUCCUUCUGAGAACACAUGCUCCUUCCCCAGCUCUUAACAAAAGUGUCCUUGGAGUGCAAGGCAGCCGUGUGGUGGUGGUGGGGAUAUUGCUUGGGGGUGGGGGGAGAGCUUUCUGCCAGCCAGCAGCUGGGAAGAAGCAAGUAUGGUACUUCUAAUAACAAUCGGCUAUGGAAGCUGACACCCCAGCAUCUUUCAGAUCUUCCUGGUUGGCUGGUCACCUGGAAUUCAGGUGCGGGGUGUGGAGUUCUUUGGGUGGCAAGGCAUAGAUCUGAGAUUUGUAAUCGGUAGUGAAGUAAUGGCCAGCUUGAGGAACGCAAGCCCACUGGGCAGUGUGUUGCUGAGGGAACCUUUUAGUGAAGCAAGCUGCUCAAGCUAGCAAACAGAAUAGCUUAUCAAAUAUGCUAAGAGGGGCUUUUUAAAAAAAGAAGUUUGAAAACGAGAGGCAAUAUCCCGAAUAGAAGGCACCCAAGAUGGUGGCUCUCAAAGGGGGAAGGGCGAGUCGUUUUCUGGAGAGUAGUGCAGAGCAAGAGAAUCUUCUUGGGGGUCCUACGUAUGGUAAAGCUUUAAGGAGAGUUUUGUAUAUCUUAUUUAUUUUGGGUUCUCUCCCCUGCCUCCCUUCCUCCAUUCCCUUCUCAGAAGGCUGUUGAUCCUCCCCUCCCCCCCAAUGAAAUAUAUGUAUUCCUGGGGGUUCCUUCCCCCCCACCUCAGAGUAGGUGGCCAGUGUUUUUAGCUGUCAUGCUCUCUGAGCAGCAGGCAGGGCAAUGCUGGAGGGGGAGAGCAAGACAGGCAGUGUGGCUUGUUGGUCUCCAUAAGGGUGGAGGGGGUGGGUGGGAUUCUGUUCAAGCUGGAGCCAGAGACAUUGUCUGUUUCUUUUGAGACUGUUUGCCCUUGCCUGUGAAAAGGAAAGGCAAAAAUGCCGAUUUCCAUCUCCACGCUGCCCCCCUGUGCGAAGCACUGUGGGAUUGUCCAAUGUCUCAAACAUAGUAUUUAAUUUAUUAUUUAUGUGGCUCCAUCCAGCACUCCUGGAAGGUAAAGAAAGUGUCGGAGGAGGAGACUGCAUGAAACGGAACUCUGCAGGUCCAGGUAUGUGGAAAGAGGCCAUAUUGUAUUCUGUUAGAAUAGCUCACUAGCUAUGAAGUAUGGAGGGACAGGACUUCGCAGAUCAGUAGCCAGUGUGUUGUAGAUUAGCUGUGAGGUCUGAUGACAGAGAUUUUGCUGUGUGUCCUGUCCUCAUGAUAGGGUGUGCUUGGUCAAGGUGGCUGAAUUGAAUUCUUAUUUAUUGGUAGGAAAUGAGCUGCUGGUUCAUCUGGUAGAGAGAGAUUUGGGGAUGUUGAGAGGGAGGAGAGAGAAUGGGAUAGAAGGAGAGUUUGAGGGCAGAAUGGCUCUAUUUUGAGCCUAGUCAGUUUAAUAAGUAGCUUUAGUGGUCAGAAAACAAGGCUGAAUGGGGCUUCAAUGAAACCAUAAAGACUGUUGCAUGUGGCAGGACAGCACCUGGUGCUGUUCCUUUGGUGCCUUCCUGUUUCAACAGUCACUACAUAUUUCAAGGACUGAAACUCACCAAAGUGUGCUUUUGUUGAGGAGCAGCUCCGUUUGCUUUACAAAAAGACAGCUACGUGUGCGUGGGAAGCUUUUCCGUGGGCUGUCUCUAUGGAGCUGCUAAGUUCGUGGAACAGCGUUGUCCACUUGGGCUAAGGAAAAGCGAAUGCAUAGAUGCCUGGCGGAUUGUGAGAGCGACCGGCCUGAUCCAUUGUGGCUCCUGUUCUUGGGCAUCCUAAACUACAGCAGAACCUCUUUGUAAGUGUGUACAAAAAAAUAAUAAUAAUCUAAAUGAGGCCUCUCUCUAAUUGUGCCUUCUGUUGCUGUAAAAUAUUGCUCCUUGGGUCAGACUUCAUCAGUCAACAGUUUGAUGAUUCCAUAAAGAUGGAGAGACCGAAUGUGUCUUCAGCAUGGUUUUUUCCCCCCUAGGACAACAAGACUCCUAGAGUAAAUCUGAAUCGACCAGUCUGCAAAAGCAGUUGUCAUGCAGCUAGGCUCUGUAAUCCUUGCGUAAGAAGGCCAAAGCCUGGUUCAGAGGAGAAACUAUGGUUUCCCAGCAUGAGACUGAGCCUCAGAUAGUUGUGGGCUCCCCCUCUCCUCUCCUCCUUCCUAUGCAAGGAGAGUUAAAGCUUUUGUUUUCACUCUCAAGAACAAACCGCAGUUCCACAUAGUGCAUGGACUCAAAGAAUUAUGGUUUAUUCACAAACAGGAGUUGGAACGAGCCAGGAUAGCAAACUAUGGUUUGAUCCUAGUUUGAUAUGCGGGUUUGUUCUAACUUUAGUUUCGUUAACACACUGCAGUGCCCAGAAGUCAAACAUAGCACAGAACUGUGGUUUCUUCUUUGAAAUGAAAGUGGAAGCUCUUGAUGAUGUCCUGUGAUGUGCAAAGGGAGAACGGGGAGCACAUAACAGGAAACCCUUGUUUCUCAAAUUUGAUCUGGGCCUAACCCCUUUUGUUUUCAGUAUAGCAUAUUGCAGGCCGAGCAGCUGCAACAAGUUCAAGUAACCACUCAGGGCUAUAUCUUUCUCCACCUACUUUAGAAUGAGUGCUGUGAUGUACUGUGAUGUACUGUUCCUUUUUAAAGAUCUCUGUGCCUUAGUGAGCCUGACUUUCUAUUUCGAAUAACAUGGAUCAAGGGCCUUGAUCACUUCCACUUAAGCGGCCUUCCUCUAGAAUUGAGUGCACAGGACCUCUGUCCUUUCUGAUGUUCUUUCCUCAGGAAUAGGGGAACUUCCUUGGAAAUCCUGUCGCUGUUAACUUUGGGUCAGUGAACAGAGCAAGAGCCUGCUGCAGUGUCUCGCUGUCUGCAGUUUAAUUUGUGAACUGAGUAUAUCUAUUUUGUGCACAACUGCCUUUCCCCAAGGCUUAUGGGGGGAAUGUGCCUUUGCUGCUUCCACACACUCGUUUGUGCUAAGUGCCUGAAAGUUCCAUAGUGGUGGUCUGCCCAUUUCCAUAGUACCAACCACCUUUCAGGCUUCUUGGGUGUUGGUACAGUUAGAAAUGAGUUUUCCAAAAUGGGUCUCUACAAAAGCCAGGAGCAAAUUGGUCCCAUAAAGGAUCAUUUAACAUUUCCCCAAAUCGAUAGUUCCCCGAUAUCCUGUCGGCAGACACAAUGGACAAUUCAUUUCUUGCUGUCGAUGACUGAACUGGUGAUCAGUUCUGUCCUGCUGUCAAUGGGAUAGGUCCGCAGUGAUCUAGCAGGCCUGCUGUGAUGUUGGAACGUGUAGCGUUUCCAGGAAAACUAAGUCAUACAGCAUUUCUGAUAUGCUGGAUAACUGUCCCAGAAGUGGAAACGUCUCCGAGUGGAAUAGUUGCAGACUACAAAUUGCUCAAAGUGUUCAAAAGAGUCUCCCCAUAUUCUGUGGUGCUUAUUAAAUUCUCCUAGACUGCCUAUAAAAGUUACUGCUCCCUAGCUGAGGUAUGCAUGACAUUUAGAAUGCACCAAACUGAACAGAACUCCUCAGUCAUGAAUGGUAGCUAGCCAGGGUCUGGUAAGCCUGUUUGUACUGCCUGCCUGAAACUAUUGGGACUGGCAGGUAGAUGAGGCACCUGAUGAGCAAAAAUGAAUGGUUAUUGAGCUAUAGAUAGGUCACAAGUUCUUUAUGCCUGCUUUAGAGUUUCCUCUGGACCUCUUUAGCACGACGAGCAGCAGACUGCUUGUACAAGUAACCGCUAUCUUCCCUAACAAUUCUAGGUUUUGUGUGUGUGCUUUUUUUGCAUCAUAAAGCAGCUCCAGCUCUCAGCUUUCAGAGUCCCAUCAUCUGCAUCAGAAAGCUAUCUGAACUCUUUUUUAGGUUAUUUACUUCAUCUCCCCCCCCCCCCCACACACACACAUUUUGCCUCUUAGCUCCUCUGAUUAAAAGAUGGCUUUCCAAAUUUAAAAGAAGGUGGGGGAGGAGUUAUUCUGUUUAAGGUCCUAUGGUAUCUUUCGCUAAAUACCCCAACUAGCAUUGAUGGGAAGAUCCUUGUUGUUAGCUAUAAUAUAUGUAGAUCAGCACAAUGGGUAACAGAGAAAUGGCCAGCCAUUAAGGCUUUUGUGUGACGAGAGGAAAAUCUGGAAACGCAAAGGCCCAGUUUGGGUAAGGAGAUGAAGCAGGGGUUUCCGAGCUUGGGUUCCCAGCUGUUGUUGAACUACAGCUCCCAUCAUCCCCAGCUCCAGUGGCCAAAGGCUAUAGUCCAACAAUGGUUGGGAAGCCCCUGAUAUAAGGAACAGUAUGUCACAGACAACCUGGUAGGUAAGGUGUAGUGUGCAAGUUGGACUUGCCUUGUGGAAGAACUCAGUGUGUAUACAAUGUCCUGUUGGAUCAGAGACAUUGGACUUACUGUCUGAGGAGACUUGGCCAUUUAUUAUACUGAUCAGAUUUUAUCUUGAUGUCUGGGUAAACCCAUGAAUAACAAUGAUUAUUGGGCCAUGUCAUGAGAAGCGCCCUGCUCAUGGGAUUCCAGAUGCCUUUGAAUUGGAGCCUAGAUGCCCAGAAGCAAUCGCAGAGAGCACAGUUUCUUGGGGAAACUGGAGGGCAUGAUGGGAGCAGGUGGUCUCUUUGGUUCCCGAACCCAGAUGGGGACACUCAGCACGUAAUACCAGUAGCUUUGAAAUGCCUUGGAAAUCUACUGGAGUGUGCAAAAAAGAAAGAAAGCCUAGGUUGUGAUAUAAUGCCUCCCUCUUCCUGUGGGCCUCUAUUAUAACUUCCAGUGAGUGGUAUGGGCACACUCGGGCGGAUGGGCUCUUGUCAUGUUCCUUUAUUAAAAUUGAAAGCACAGUAGAAUUGGAGGGUCUCUUGAGCCCCAACAUGUGGAGCCUGUUCAGAGGUGGAUGUUCAUUGCAAGACUGUUGCAUUUGGGGAGCAGGCAGUAGCCCACUAGGGUGGCUUCAAAGCUGUCGGGAUCUUGUGCUGGCUGUUCUUGGGAAUUGCACCUUUUAGGAAAUGCCCAGCCAGGAGCCCUGGGACCUCUGGUGGCCACUCAGCUGAAUCCGUUGCAAAACCACGGCAAAUCCCAGUGCCUGAACACGGAGAGCAAAUGCACUUCUGUGUACCUUUUUAAAUAACAAGCCUUGUUCAUGAAUUGUGCUUCUAGUUUUAAUAAAUAUUUCUACUUCA